AUGGCCUACCAUGGAUUCCCCCCCCAUGCCCCCGACCCAGACAAGGUCCCCGAGCCAGAAGAGUUCAAUGCCUACCAGCGUGACUGGACGGUCAUGGAUGCAUGGCACCAAGCCAACCGGCUCCCCCCACUCGAGGAUGGGGAGAUACCAGAGUUUGACCUCCAGUACCCAGACUCACCCACUAUCCCUGGCUUCCCAGAUCUCAGUGUUGCCACUGGGAGAAGCAACACCGUGACCAGAGGGGAGAAUACUAGACCCAACCCCAGAGACACAUCUGAGUCAGACCCCUAUGACUCAUGGUCAGAGAUGAGCUUGCCACCCACCAUCUUGGGCCAUAUGGCGAGUGCCACGGAGAUUUAUGCUGCCAGCUUCAAGCCAUUGCUGAGGACUGAAGAAGGGAGUAUGACACACCUGAGCCCCUUGUCCCCUAUGUCAGGUGGACCCUUGGAGAGUAUGGAGCCGAGCCAGAAUUGGCCAGCUUCUUCUUCAAUCAACCUGUCCAUUCAGAGUGGGAUGUAUUACACAGAAGAUUCCAGAACUUCACCCAUGCCAUACGAAACAGAAACUGGGCCCUCACGAGAGCAGGAGGUGCCCAUGUACUGGAAAGACUCAAACAUCCCAUACUACUGUGACCUGAGGAUCAGCCCCUCUAUUUCUGGCCUCACAAUACUGAAACCACCUGCUGGAACCACCUCCUACCAUGGCAGUGCACAGACCUCACCAAUUUCUGCUACUGGCUCCAGGGACCCAACACUGAGGAGUCUACACCCUACCCCAGAUCAACCCCUGAAUCCCGCAAUGAUGAAAGCGGUAACAGAAAUGGAUUGGGAGGAACUAGUGGAAUGGCAGGGUAGAUCCCUGGCUAAUGAGGGAGCAUGGAUCACUAUGGAAGCCGCUAAAUUAAUGUACCAACCCCAAGCGCCGAAUACAGUCUGA